AUGCAAGAUUUAUAGAUGUCUGAAAAUUAGAAUGAAUUUAAGUGCAUAAAAAAGCACAAUUAAAUGAUCACUACCAUUCUUAUUGAUGAUAAAUUACCUAAAUAGGAAAGAUUCUUAUGUUAAGAAUGUUUGGAUAAUAAACUUUAAGUAUUUGAGAGUAUGGGUCUUAAUGCUAUGUAAAAGAUUAUAGAAGAUAAGUUAAUCAAAAAGAGGAAAAUCAUCAAUGAUAUUGCAGAUUAAUACAUUGAAAUAAUUUAGUAAUACAAUAACAAUCUAGAAAAUUUAAAGACUAAAUUAGCAUCUGCUAUUGAAAUAAUGAUUAAUGCCAAUAAAAAUUGGAUUAGAGAAUUGAAUUAAAAAAAAUAAGAUUCCUGUAUUUAUAGCUUUAUUGAUGAAUCAGAUGAUUAUAUUAGGAAUAGAUAAUAAUAUUUGCAUACAUUUUAAUUUGAUUUUUUUGAUAAAAUGAAUUACUCAUAAUUUAAUAAAUUAAAAAUAGGAAUUAAAUAAUUAAUAGAAGCACACAGUCUUCAUUAAUACAAAGAAUUUAUUAAAAAUAUGAGUGAUAUUAAAGAAAAAAGAAAAUAAGUUGAAAAAGUAUCAUGGUAACUUUCGAUAGAUGGUGAUAUUCAAUUAAAAUUGUUAAAUAAUUCUAUAAAUUAAGAUGAAAAAUCCUUAGCCUUGGCAUUUAAUUAUUAAACAAAUAUAUUAGUAACAAGUAAUAAUAAAGAAAUUGUAAUUUGGAAUUUUAAUGAAGGGAAAUUGGAAGAUUGUUAAAAAUAUUAAUUAUCUGAAAUUGUUAAUUGUUUAGUAUUUAGUAAAAAUUAGAAUAUAUUUAUUUCUGGCUCCAAAGAAGUUUAAAUUUGGAAAGAACAAUAAAAAAAAUAAUGGUCAAAAUCAAAACCAUAUUAAAUAUAAGAAGAUAAGUUCAUUACAUGUCUUGUUCUUAAUUCAAAGGAGGAUUUACUAAUCUAAGGAGGAAGGAAUUAAAUCAUAAAUAUUUUGGCUGUUGACUUUCAAAAAAAUUAGAUUACAUAUUUAUAUUAGUUAGAUAGGCAUACUUAAUGGGUGAGUUCAUUAAGUCUAAACAAUUCAGAAAAUCUACUUUUAUCUUGUGGAUACAAUGAAACAAUCAUCUGGAAAAAGAAUGAAGAUAAUAAAUGGAGUUUUAUGACUGAAGUUAUUAAAUAAAAAACAUCUGAUGAUCCAAAUAGGGCAUUAUUUUUAAAAGAUGAUUAAUUUAUUUUUUUUAACAAUAGGAAAGGAUCUACUAGUGCAAUCGUAUAUUAAUAAAAUAAAUUAGAUUUUACUAAAAAUUAUGAGAUUGAGUUUUUACCUAUACCCACUUUAAAAUCUAAAUUAUCUUAAUCAUUUAAGUUUAUACCAGAAUUGAAUUUAUUAUUUGUUACAUAUAAAGAAUACACUUACAUAUUAAGAAAAUAGAGUAAUGGAAAAUUUAAGAUUGUUAAUUAAUAAUGUUAUAAAACUGAUGAAAUAUAUGGAACUUUAUCAAUUGAUGGGUAAUACCUAGUAAUAUAUGAUUAAAGUUCAAAAUUAUACAAUAUUUAUCAAAUAUAAAAUAAUUGA